AUGGGGGAGGACCUCGGUCACAACGGGGGACAGGAAGACGGGGAGGAAGUUGGUGGUCUGAUCAAUUCUGAUGGAGAGGACGUUGGCUGGGACCCUUCUCAUCUUAGGGAGAGUCCUGUCGGCGGCUCCGGUAGUGAAGAAAGUCCUCCUACAUCAGACAUCAACAAGAAUCCGGGUGACCAAUCCGGAUCCGCGUCAUCACCUGACGACAGAGAGGCCUUCAGUCAGACACUGGGUCCUGACGACAGAGAGACCUUCAGUCAGACACUGGGUCCUGACGACAGAGAGACCUUCAGUCAGACACUGGGUCCUGACGACAGAGAGACCUUCAGUCAGACACUGGGUCCUGACGACAGAGAGACCUUCAGUCAGACACUGGGUCCUGACUACAGAGAGGCCUUCAGUCAGACACUGGGUCCUGACGACAGCGAGACCUUCAGUCAGACACUGGGUCCUGACGACAGAGAGGCCUUCAGUCAGACACUGGGUCCUGACGACAGAGAGACCUUCAGUCAGACACUGGGUCCUGACGACAGAGAGGCCUUCAGUCAGACACUGGGUCCUGACGACAGAGAGACCUUCAGUCAGACACUGGGUCCUGACGACAGAGAGGCCUUCAGUCAGACACUGGGUCCUGACGACAGAGAGGCCUUCAGUCAGACACUGGGUCCUGACGACAGAGAGACCUUCAGUCAGACACUGGGUCCUGACGACAGAGAGGCCUUCAGUCAGACACUGGGUCCUGACGACAGAGAGACCUUCAGUCAGACACUUGGUCCUGACGACAGAGAGACCUUCAGUCAGACACUGGGUCCUGACGACAGAGAGACCUUCAGUCAGACACUGGGUCCUGACGACAGAGAGACCUUCAGUCAGACACUGGGUCCUGACGACAGAGAGGCCUUCAGUCAGACACUGGGUCCUGACGACAGAGAGGCCUUCAGUCAGACACUGGGUCCUGACGACAGAGAGACCUUCUGUCAGACACUGGGGAUGAACAUUAAAGUAGUGGAGGAGGAGGAGCUGGAGGACUUGAGUCAAACUGUUGGGGUGACGGUUAAAGAAGAAGAGGAAGAGGUGGAGCUGGAGCACAGUCAGACACUGGGGAUGAACAUUAAAGUAGUGGAGGAGGAGGAGCUGGAGGACUUGAGUCAAACUGUUGGGGUGAUGGUUAAAGAAGAAGAGGAAGAGGUGGAGCUGGAGCACAGUCAGACACUGGGGAUGAACAUUAAAGUAGUGGAGGAGGAGGAGCUGGAGGACUUGAGUCAAACUGUUGGGGUGACGGUUAAAGAAGAAGAGGAAGAGGAAGUCAGCAGAUUCAUUCAGUCCCCAGUAGAACAAGUGGAUUGGGAGGCUGUUGAACUUGGAGAGAAUCCUAACCACUGCUCAGACCGUGAGGAGAGACCUCCCCAGCAGAAGAAUCACACAGCGAAACACCAUCACCACACAGAGAACACAAGCCUCACUCCUGCUCCGACUCUAUUUGAAGGACCUGAUCAAAGCCAUUGAUUAGGAAAUAAUUAGGUUCACGAUAUCAUUUAGUUACUGUACCCUAUUACAGAUAUGUAUGUUGAAUUAAUUGCCUUUGAUUGAAUAAAUCAUGGUUGCAACAAA